UCGCUGCCGGUGCGGACGUUUCCUCAUGUCUCUGUGACCGUAAUCGGCUUCUCCGGGUCCAGCAUUGUCACCAUGCCUAUCGUGCCUCACGCCCAACAUGGAGGUGGCCAGGUGCCUCUCCAGGGCUCUUUUGCCCAUACAUCUUGGACUACCUCGUCCACUUAUGCUGUGCUUCCAACCUUUCCUCCCGUCGCUGUAACUUCUCCGUCCAACUCGCCCAACGAGAUCCCUUACGUAGCGCCGGACGCAUCUGACAAAUCUCCUCGUCCCAUCGUUCAAAUAUCGACAUCACACCCUUUGCGUGAGCAAGAAAAGCCAGAUACAACAAUACCGGUGGCUUGUGAGGAUAAUCUUUCCGCGAUAUCUGACGAUCAAAUGAAAGGCCGUAAGCCAGCCAUCGCUGCUGGUGGGACCUUCUUCAGCCUCUUCACGUUUUCCCAGCUCUACCAACAUGUACUGUUCAAUAAGAUCACCCCGCCGUCGGAGCGCGCAGAGAAUGCAUCUUUUGUUGGAUCGUCCCGGUCGUGGCUCGAUAAGAACGUCUGCAAUUGGUUUGGGCUUUGCGGGCUGGCGCAUUUAGACCAGGCGCAUUGGGUCAGCAAGGAGGGUUCCAGACAUAGCACGGUUCAGGUGACAGAGAGCGAUAAGGAGGACAAAAUAGACCUCGAGGGAUUCGCAAAAGACGCGUAUGCGCUACCAGAAGAUUGGUCAGAAACGGAGUUUGGGGAUAGCGAAAUACCUCAAUAUGUUUUGGACCAUGCGCCCCUUAUCCAUCUCUACUCCGGCGAAGAAUUCUGGCCGGGUGACAUGGGUGAUCACCUCUAUCACACGACCCCUCAUCUCAACUAUACCCCCCUCCAAGCUAUCGAUGAUCAUCCUACUCUCCGUAACCUUAAUCGCUUAAAUAACUGGGGUCGUUUCGUCUAUCUCACGAGUGACGACAACCCAGAAGACAAACCUCCACCAGAAUGGCUAGCCGGUGAAAGCAAUAUACCCAAUGUGCCAGAUGAUCCGGACGAGAAAGAUCCGGGCGAAGGGGACGAGGCAGGCGGUCAUUUUGAGGAAGACACGGAAGCCGAGAAAUCGACUUGGUUCCACUCUGGAGUCGGCGAUACCAAGGAUCGAGGGGGCAUUCGAGCGACUGAAUCAGCUACAUCAGGUUUUGCUGUGCCUACCAAGACGCCGGAGGGCGAGGAACUAGUGGAAGAAGAUGAGCAAUGGAAUUCUGAACUCCAUAGACGCCGGGUAAAUCUGCGAGGUCGAAAGGUGGUGGGUGGUAAAAGCGAUGCGCCUGCCGUGCUUAUUGUCGUGCCCAAAGAUGAUGGUGUUGUGGACGCGUUUUGGUUCUUCUUUUACAGUUUCAACAAAGGCAACUCUGUCUUCAAUGUCGUUUUCGGCAAUCAUGUUGGCGACUGGGAACAUACGACAGUUCGCUUCCAACACGGGGUACCCAAGGCAAUUUUCUUCAGUGAACACAGUUUCGGUGAAGCAUAUACAUGGGAUGCGGUGGAGAAAUCCGGUAAGAGACCUGUGGGUUUCUCUGCUACAGGUUCCCAUGCAAUGUAUGCGACGCCUGGAGUUCACCCCUACAUCUUACCCGGUGGCAUUCUCCACGACGUUACCGACCGCGGCCCUCUCUGGGAUCCAACUCUCAACUACUACUCGUACACAUACGAUUAUCGUAGAGACCACCUGCAAAGUUCUAACCUCACGCCCGAUGCACCAAGAAUGUGGUUCUAUUUCUGGGGCCAUUGGGGCGACAAAUUUUACCCGCUCAGCGAUCCCCGCCAGUACCGUUUCUUGGGUCAAUAUCAUUACGUCAACGGGCCCUUGGGACCGCGCUUCAAGAAUCUGGGUCGUCAGCACAUCUGCCAGGGCAACGACGAGUGUGUGCUCAAGAAGUGGAUUGGGGAUAAGCGAGUUGCGGGAAGCUCGCGGAGAAAACGAUGGCCGGAUGUAGGGCAGGGCGAGGAGAUGAGCGGCGAAGAUGUACGGCGGUUCGUGGGGCCGGAGCAUGAGUUUGCCUGA